CAAGCAGCGCGAACUGUCUCCAGCUUUCCAGCAUCAUCUGUCUUCUUACGGAAGCCAUCUUUCAAAUCAAAGAUUCGCAAUCAGACUGCUGCCUGCGAUACCGCCACUAUGGGUAUAAAAUCCUUGCACGCGGCUCUCCUAGGGCCCAUCAUCAGUUCCAAACAUUUGAUCGACCAGAUCUCCAGCAUAUUUGAGCCACUGUGAACCCUCACCAUACUCCUUCCAUACUACGAAAUCCAGUCAGCAUUCCUCAAACCGCCAACAAUGGCCUACGUUAUCCACCCUAGCUUUGCGCAAGCAUAUCAGGCGUCGCAGUGCAACCCAUUUGGCUACUGCAGGCCUUCGUCACGACCCACCUACGGCUACCGCACCGUCCAACGGUCUCAGCCCCAACCCCAGUCUUCACCAUUCGCCAGCUUCUUCAGCCAGCUAGAUGAAAUAGUCAGCGAGAUCGACCGCGAGUCACAGCGCCGCGCACAGGUCGAGGCUGAACGCGAGGCUCAACGCGCAGCGCAGAUCAAGGCUGAGCGCGAAGCAUAUCGGGCACACGUCGAGGCUCAGCGAGAGGCUUAUCGUCAACGCCAGGCUGAGAUUGAGGCACACAUUGCCGCUCAGCGUGAAGUCCACCGCCAGCGACAGCUCCGCAAACGUGCAUUCAGGGCACAGUUCGCCGUUACUCAGAACGAACAGGGAUGGCAAGUGAAUGCUGAAGUUCCCGGCUUCGAGCAACACAACAUCAGCAUCGAAGUCAUAGACGAGAACACUCUCAAAAUUGCUGGCAACACCGAGUUGGGCACUAAAUCUCAGAUCGAAGCUCAGUCCGAAGCGGAAGCUACACCCGGAGCAGAGCAAUCCACUGAGGAGGUAUCCGAGCAUGAUGUCAAGCAAACCACUGAAGAAACAGUGAAAGAGACGACGGAGGGUAUCACGCUCGAGCCCACCGCUGGCCCUGAAUCCACUGCUGAGGCCUUUGACGAUACCGCCGAGACCGAGUCUAUCCGUCCUGGAUCGCCCGACAGCGACACAUCUUCGCACAAAUCAUACCAAGCCACAGUCGAAGACGAAUUUGAAGAUCUUGGCCCUGAAGCCUCCAUACUGUUCUCAACAGCGUCCGCUCCCGCUACACCUUCCGAGCCUAAGGGAAAGGAGAAGGAGGUUGAACCCGUUGAGACCGCCGAAGAUCCCGAGGUCUCCAUACCCGCCGAAACCGCAGUCGUGCCGCAGCCUCAGCCUGAGGUCCCGGCGCAGCAACAGGAUGCCAACGAGCGCUUUCGUGGGUCGUUCGAGCGCACUUACAGGUUUCCCGAACGCAUCGAUGCUAGCAAGGUCAGCGCCAGCUUCAAAGAGGGUGUUCUCAGCAUCAAUGUACCAAGAGCCCAGGCUCAGCCGAUCACGAGGGUCACAAUCUCUUGAGAAUACUACAUGCGGAGGACUAAUAGAGUAAUGGAAGUAUUGGCAUGGGAUGGAGUUUCGUCUUAGAUAAGAAACGGUGCUUUGACAUCGGUAAUGAACAUUCUUAAUUUCAG